GCCAUAAAAACAAGGGAAGGACCUCUCCCCAAACAGUCAUGGCUAAUAUGAGGUGUAUCAUUGAGGGAAAUGGUGUGAAAGCGUUUGGAAAAGCUAUUCAUGGCCUCUCAAGAAUAGGUGAUGAAUUAUGGCUGGAUCCUAUGGUGAAAGGGUUGGCAGUGAGAUCAGUGAAUCCUGCCCAUUCGGCCUAUGGCUGCUUUCUCUUCACGACACUAUUCUUCCAAAACUACAGUAUUGCCCCUGAAUGUGGAACCGCCAAAUGCAAACUGGCCAUGAAGUCAGUGCUUCCACUGUUUCGGUGCUUGGCGACUAUUGAACGUAACGUGUCCAGGUGUGAAAUAUCCAUCAACAGCCCAGAGAAUCGUGUGACAUUCCAGUUUUACUGCAGACAUGGUAUAACUAAAACUCACAUGCUGGGUUUCCAAGAGAGGGAGGCUCUGCAGGCAGUAUAUCCUUAUCACCUCUGCAUCAAUGUCCUGAAGGCACAGGCCAGGCUUAUAGGUGACAUGGUGAUGCACUUCCCCGUGUCCCAGGAGGAGAUUACCCUGUCCAUCACUCCUCUGAGACUUCAUCUCAAAAACUACCAAGAAGAGAAAAUGGGUAAUCGUUUGAAGGCUAUGCACACUGAGAUGUCCUUGCAUCCGAGUGAGUUUGACUACUUCCAGGUUGGAGUGGAUUCGGACAUAACCUUCUGUCUGAAGGAGUUGAGGGGACUGCUGUCCUUCGCCGAAUCCCACGGUCUACCUGUGUCCAUGCACUUUGGUGCGGCGGGGAAGCCAGUGUGCUUCAGUGUGGAUGACUUGGUCCUGGAGGCCAGAGUGGUGUUGGCUACUCUAGUGGACCCAGAGAGCACGACCCCGUCUCAGGCCGAGGCCCCGCCCCCUACCGCUCUCAGGUGUGAAGGUGUUGCCGGUUUCCCCGACGUUCCUCAGGGGCCAGCCGUUGGUUCCCCUCAGGAUUUCCUGGCUGUGGGCGAGCUGAUAGCAUCCAGCCAGGGGAGCCCAGUUCUCAGUGGCAAUGCCCUCAUGAGAAGGCUGAACAGGCCAGGGAACCUGGAGAGACUCCCCACAGCCAGGUCUGACAAGCAGCCUACCACUGUCAUCAGAACACCUGCUUCUGCCAAGAUUCGCUCCUUCCUAUUUGGUGCGUUGUCUACUGAGCAGGGAAAUGUCCAGACCGCCUUGCCUCCUAGUCUGGUGUGUGCCAGUGACACAGAGGAUGAUGGUGAAGAGGGCCAGUGGUAGAUUAUAACCCAGAGUCAGUCAGACCAAAACAUUUUCUGGUUCCAUUUACCACAAGCCACAAUUACAAAGGACAGUCAUUUUGUCUGUUGAUUACUUUAGAUAGUGUAGUGGAACAUAAUUUGUUCCAAAUGUUUCACAAACUAUUACAGAGUAUGCAAUUCUGUUCUGAUGUUAUGAUUACACCACUUUGACAGUUCAUGUUAUUGUACAACAUGACAUUAAAAUGGUAAUGUAUAGAUUCAUUACGAACUGGUACCUCAGGUUUCUAGAGGUUUAAAUGAUACAAUUUUUAAAACCAGUCAAUUAAAUUGAACUGGUUGGUCUUGCAGGUGGAAACAUUGUUUCCUGCUUGGAGAUGCCACACCUAUGUACUGCAGGAAUUUGCAACUAAACACACAGAUGAAUGCCCGUGACUUCUUCAGUCAACUGCGGCUUCCGAGACACGGCAGAGGAUGAGUCAGCGCAGGGUUAUGCUGCCUCCUCUGAAAUGUGCUGUAGCGUAGCCAUGUUCUAGACAUCAACGAUGCUGGCUCAGAAGGGCAUGUUAUUACCGGUACUUUGUAUUUAUAGUGCACCUUCAACCUGUUUAAAGUAUGUUGAAUUGCUAUUUCAUUGUAUGAAAGUGAGUGUCUGUUCAGC